GGGACCACGAGCGGUGGCGGGCGGUGGCCCCGCGAUGUCGCUAGUACUGCUGAGCCUGGCCGCGCUGUGCUGCGGUGCCAUGCCUCCGGAGCCGACGAUUCAGUGUGGCUCUGAACCCGGACCAUCUCCAGAAUGGAUGGUCUGACACACCCUGACCCCAGGAGACUUGAGGGAUCUCCGAGUGGAGCCUAUUAAAAGCAGUGUUGUGCUGGAGGACUAUUCAAUUUUGAUGAACAUAAGCUGGAUACUCUGGGCAGAUGCCAGCAUCCGCUUGUUGAAAGCCACCAAGAUCUGCGUGACGGGCAAAAGCCACUUCCAGUCCUUCAGCUGCGUCAGGUGCAAUUACACUGACGCCUUCCAGACUCAGACCAGACCCUCUGGUGGCAAAUGGACGUUUUCCUACAUUGGCUUUCCUGUAGAGCUGAAAGUCUAUUUCAUUAGGGCCCAUAACAUCCCCAAUGCAAAUAUGAAUGAAGACGGCCCCUCCCUGGCUGUGAACUUCACCUCACCAGGCUGCCUGGACCACAAAAUGAAAUACAAAAUAAAAUGCAUCGAGGCAGGAAGUCUGUGGGAUCCAAACAUCACUGCUUGUAAGGAGAAUGAGACCAUGGUAGAAGUGAACUUUACAACCAGUCGCCUUGGAAACAGAUAUAUGGCUCUCAUCCAUUCCACUGUAAUUGGGACUUCUUAUGUGUCGGAGGUGCACCAGAAGGAACUAACUCGAACUUCCGUGGUGGUUCAAGUGACUGGGGAACGUUAAGGUGCUGUGGUCCAGCUGACUCCGUAUUUCCAUACCUGUGGCAACAACUGCAUCCGACGCAGAACUGUGGGGCUUUGCCCACAAAUGGGUGUCCCCUUCCCUCGGGAUCACAGCAGCGGUGUGUUGGGCGGACGGCUGCCUCUCCUCCUCUCGGCUCUGCCGGUGGCCACGUGGGUGCUGGCGGUUGGGAUCUAUCUGACCUGGAGGCAUGAAAGGAUCAAGAAGACUUCCUUCUCUACCACCACACUACUGCCCCCCAUUAAGGUUCUUGUGGUUUACCCAUCUGAAAUAUGUUUCCAUCACACAGUUUGUUACUUCUCUGAAUUUCUUCAAAACCACUGCAGAAGUGAAGUCAUCCUUGAAAAAUGGCAGAAAAAGAAAAUAGCCGAGAUGGGUCCCGUGCAGUGGCUUACCACUCAGAAGAAAGCCACGGAUAAGGUCAUUUUCCUUCUUUCCAAUGAUAACACCAUGUGUGAUGGUACCUGUGGCAAGAGGGGGGGCAGCCCCUGUGAGAACUCCCAAGACCUGUUCCCCCUCGCCUUUAACCUCUUCUGCAGCGAUCUAAGAAGCCAGACUCAUCUGCACAAAUACAUGGUGGUCUGUUUCACAGAGGAUACCAAAGACAACGACACUGCGCUCAGUGUCUGCCCCACAUACCGCCUCAUGAAGGAUGCUACAGCUUUCUGCACAGAGCUUCUCCAUGCCAAACGUGUGUCGAUGGGGAGAAGGGUGCACGCCUGCCACUACAGCUGCUCCUCCCUGUAG